AUGCCAGCCGUUAUUUACCCCAGCCAGUUAUGGGCCCAGCAUCGACCUGAGCCCCAGCCGGUGGUUUCCAAGCGGAUAGAGGCCACCACCCCUUUCCCGCAUAGCAGCAAUGGGUACAAGGGCAGCGUCACGAAGUCAGCCCCAAUACUACGCAUUGAAUACAUGUUGCCGAGAGAGAUUGGAGCAUUGGGCGUGACGAGCAACACAAUGGCAGCCACAAAGACAGAAACCGAACUGACGGAAAAAGAGAAGCGAGACAGGGCGGCUGUGGUCAGUGCGGAGCGUGGAGAGGACACGGGAAAACCGGUGCUAAACGCACCCCAGGGUGAGCACAAUUUCGAGAUAAGCGAGAACCGGUACGCCCAGAUCGCUGGGACAGCAGCAUGGAGACAAGACGUACGAAAUACAGAGCGACACUGGCUUAAAUCAAAUAAGUAG